UUAUCACUUUUAUAUUUUAUUAUUGCAGGCACAAUUCAGAUGGGCACCUCAGAUGAACGAGCAAGUGAAGCUUGCAUUUUGGAGGAGGGCAGCAACACACCUACGUGACAUGUUCCACACCAUCACGCACAAGAUGAAUGGCGCCAAGCCAAGUUGGCUGAGUGAGGAGAUCCACAAGAAGAUGUUGGACAUUGUUGCCACGGAUCCAACUUACGAGGCGAAUUCGGCGCAAAACAAAAAGAACAGAAGGGGCGUUCUAUGGAAAAUCCCGUCCAAGGAACCCACUUUCAGGGUUCGUUGUCGGCUUUCCAACAUGCAAUAAGGAUGGUGGCGAAGAAUAAGGGCCAACUACCAACAGCUCCUGAGUUGUUUCUGCAGACACACUUCAAGGAGCUGCCUGGGAAAGGCACAAUGCCAGUAAACCCUACAGCUAAGGAAAUUGCGGAGGCCUACAAAAAGAAGGUUGAGGAGGCUAGCACUCAAAGGAUUCAGAAGAGUCUGAAUGAGCUGUACUGGGAGACCGUGGGUGGUCGGAACAAAAAAGGACGUGUGAAAGGACUUGGCGGAAGUGCUAACCUUUACUAUGGCAGCCAGAUGGGUCGACUUUCCACAUCUUCCCUGCAGUACACGCCCUCCCUUGUUUCUCAGAUGCAGGAUCAGAUGGAAAACAGGCUGCAGGCUCUUUGGGAAGAAAUGGAAGUCGAGAUGGAAGCCCGAGUUCAAGCCUCAGUUCAAGCCCAAAUGGAAGAAAUGGAGAGGAGGUGGGAACAUAGGAUGAUGAGUCGUUUCCCCAAUGACACAUGUUCCACCGUGCGACCUCCAGCUCGAGAUCCCAAGGACGACGACACGGGUAGUGGUGGAGCAGGCCAGGGCACUCCCGCGGUUGCUUAG